AUGAUGAGCUUUGGCCAAAGUGCAGCAGAUACUGAAGAUGUGGUACUUCAAAUCUGUGCAGCUAUGAGACUCCCAGUGGUUCAUUUUGAGAUUGGUAUGCGAAGCUUUCAAGCGUCUUUCGCCGGCAUUGUUCACACUGUGCCUUUUGCAAGGGGCAUCGAUGCGGACAAGCUCGCUUCGACCAUCUCUUUGGCAAACCUGAUGCUGAAUCAGGUGGGCAGCGUUCAAGGUGCAUCAGAUCUUUUGGAUGAUAUUUUUGGGCACAGGCCGUCCUAUAGCCCCUUUGUUCAAUACUUUGCUUUUUGCAGCAUGAGCAUCCUAGCAUCCAUUGCGGCAUUCAUGGGCACCUUCCGUGAUGCAGCAGUUGUGGCCAUCCUGGUUCCAUUUGUUGUUUUGGUGCAGGUUCUUUGCCGACGUUUCAGCUACCAACUCGGAGACUUGGAAGCCUUCCUUGUAGCGCUGACGGUUGGUGCUCUCACUCCAUUCGCCUUGCAGUUUCUCGAAGCUCCCAUUUGUGAAGUUCCCACGAUAUAUUUAUCGCCGCUGCUUGUAUAUUUGCCUGGAUCGCAACUGAUUUAUGGAGCCUAUGAGAUCCAAUUUGGCUCUUUGGUCAACGGGAUAAGUCAACUUGGCUCCUGUGUCGUCCGCUGCAUGUUCCUUGCAAUGGCUCUGCUGAUUGGAUGGCAGUUUUUUGGCCAUGGUUUCUACAAGGGAGAAACAUCAUCAGCUGCUGCUGCAUCUUUGGUUCCAGUAGACAUGUCUUGCAUGUUUCCCUAUGGUUGGCAUGCCAUAUUCUUUGGUUGGAACAUUCCGCUACUCCUUUUCGUUUUUGUUGGCUUGAACAUGCCACUUUGCAAAAUGCUGGCCCCAGCACUCAUUGGAUAUGUGUCCCUACUUCUCUACAUUGUUUUGCUGCAACAUCCGGCAGUCAGAGGUUUCUUUCCAGUGCGCAUAAUUGACUCUAUUGCCCUCUUUGUGGCAGCAAACUUGGCAUAUCUUCAUGAAUAUUACACUUCAUCACCUGCUAUCUUGGCGAUCCUUCCAAUUCUUCUGAUUUUGGCCCCAGGUUCACAUGUGCUCCUGUCAAUUCUGUCUUCAGUUCAACGUAGUGCCAAGAUACUUGUCAUGGUGGAGCCGGUCUUGGACCUUUUGCUUCAGGGAGUUGCAUACGCUGUGGGUCUAACUUUAGCAAUGCGCCUUUGGAAGCCUUUCCUACAGCGAAAGUUGGCUCGGCGGCUGGCCAGGACCAUGCACUUGUACUGA